CAAAAAUAAACUAAAUAAUUUUCUUAUCGCAUUUAGCACAACAGCAACGUUCCUGAUAAUCUUUGAAGGAUUCGAGUUAUCAGCUCCCGAGUUGUGCAUUGAAAUUGGCUCUCAAAAAGCAAUAUCGUAAUAACAUAAAUAUGGAAGUUUCUCUACGCUCUUUGCGAUUGAUCAACCGGCUUUUUCGAAAACCUAUUGGAAUAACUCGAAGAUACAAGAGCGUGAACUAUGCAGCUGUAAAAGAAGAUGUGAACACCGAUUUGCUGAAUUCAUUCAACCGAGAUACCAAGGACGGCGGUGCGGUACCAGUGUUCCGUCGAGCUCUCCUGUUUCCCACUCGUGUUGCGUUACAAGAUGAAGUUGGCAUUUACACUUACGCAGGAUUGCACCAGGCAGCCACAUCCCUCAGCAAUGAGAUUGCUGCACAACUUGUUGGGGAGUCGGAGCGGACAAUUGCAUACAUGUGCAACAACGAUGCGUCACACGUCAUCGUCCAGUGGGCCAUAUGGAUGACAGGAAAUAUUGCCGUACCUCUAACGCCAAUCCACCCGCCAGCCAUGCUCAAAUACUACCUAGGCGAUUCCGGUGCCAGCCUAGCUAUCUGCACCCCAGAAUACGAAAAACUACUCCGUCCCAUAACCCUGGAACUGUCUAAACCUUUGCUCAUCACUGGCAAAGACAAGGAAAUAACAGCGCAGUUGUAUCAACCGAAUAGCGCGUUUUUAAAAUCCAAAUCAGAGGAUACGUUGAUCGAUGUGGGCAAGACUAACGCUUGGUACGGAAGCGCUGAUGCUUUCAUUAUUUAUACAAGUGGUACAACAAACAAGCCUAAAGGAGUGGUCUGGACACACAGUAUGCUGGCAACACAGAUAGCCUCGCUCCAUUCUGCCUGGCAAUACUCCGGUGAUGACGUAGUAUUACAUUCUUUGCCACUGCACCACAUACAUGGACAGCUCAACUCUUUGAAUGCAUCAUUAGCUGCAGGAGCAAGAAUCCGUAUGCUACCUCAAUUCGUAUCUCACAACGUCUGGGCUCGCCUACUCGGCAUGGGCGAGCGCGAAGAAGCCAAAGUGACUGUAUUCCACGGCGUUCCGGCAAUGUACGCACGCCUGCUCGCCGACCACGAGCGAAUGUUCGCGGCCGCGCGCACGGCCGAUUAUGUUCGUCAUACGCUCGCGGCGCGCAUGCGACUUAUGUGCGCCGGUUCUGCGCCGCUGCCUGAUACACUGGCCAAUAAAUGGGAAGAGAUAUCCGGCGUGCGUUUACUAGAGCGCUACGGCAUGACAGAAGCUGGCAUGGCGCUUAGCAACCCCUACCGGCCGGUCGAAGGACGCAUGGUGGGGUGCGUAGGGACCCCACUGCCAGGGAUAUCGGCUAGACUGGCAGUGAAACACGAAAGCAGCGACGUGUUGGAGCCUUUGGUCACUGUGGAGUCCCCAGUGCCUGAUACACAGAUAUCUCUAGAGCUUCUCGGCCUAGCCGCAAGGGAUCCCGAGCAAGAAUGGAAACAGCCCACCGUCACCAUACACAAACAGAACGACAGCGGCGGCUACCAAGGAGAACUGUUACUGAAAGGGCCUGGGGUGUUCACCAGAUACCUGAACCGCGCGCCAAAGCUGGACAACUCCGACUUCACAUCGGACGGCUGGUUCCGCACGGGCGAUACGGCCAUGUUCGCGGACGGACGCUUCCGCAUCCUCGGACGCACCUCCAUCGACAUCAUCAAGAGCGGCGGGUACAAGAUAAGCGCUUUACAAGUGGAGUCAGCCAUCUUAGAGCACCCAAGCGUGGCCGACGCAGCAGUGGUAGGCAUCGAAGACGACAGCUACGGCGAAAUAGUGGCUUGCCUAGUAGUUUUGAAGGACAAAUCAAAACUCACCCUUAAAGAAUUAAAAGACGAGGCCGGCAAGAAACUAGCUCCGUACCAGCUGCCGAAAACUAUGCUCAUAGUCGAACAAAUGCCGAGGAAUGUGAUGGGGAAGUUGGAUAAGAAAGAUAUUAAGAAAAGGUACGGGAAGGAGCUCGCUUUGAAGAAGUAAGGUAAGGUUUAAAACUUCCUAAAGGCGUAAGUACAGUCACGGAAUGAAAAGGUUCGUCAGUUUUCAAAUUGAUUCCUUCAACGAAUCGCGAGCACA